CGUCACGCCGUCGCACACGCCUCACCCAUUCCCUCCUGCCUCACCCCUCCCACCCGGGCUCUCGCCGCAUCUCCCGUCCUAGCCGGAGCGACGCUCGUCCGUCUCGGUCCUCGCUGCGUCGCUGUCCCCUCCUCUCGGUCCCCGGAGCUGCGGGGGAUGGUGUCGUCUGUUGAGGCCGGUUAACCCGGGACUACGUCUGGGACUCCGGGCGGAGCUCGGCCUCUGUGCUGGAUCAGAACCGGACCCAGUUUCGGGGAUCUACGCCUGAACGGAGACUCCCGAUCCUGAUAGAACGCUUCUGGUCACAGCGUCCCGGAACACGACUCGGACCAGAGGAAACCACAGAGGAGAGGAACCGUCUGAUUGGACCUCACGAGCCCCACCCACCAUGAACCCACUCAACCAGAUGAAAGCGGGCCUGACCAACAAUCCUCACAGCGAGGCUUCAUACCCGUACGACCCGUCCAGCUGGCAGCAGCCCACCAACCAGCCCACGGGAUCACUGUCUGUCGUCACCACCGUUUGGGGAGUCACCAACCCCUCCGCCAGUCAGGGUCUAGGUGGUGGUGUGAUGGGCCCUGGAUCAAACCCAGGAGGGGGCCCCAUGAUGCCAGGGCCUGGGGGUCCUGGGAUGGCUGGAGCUCCUGGAGGUUACAUGGGUCAGCCGGGAUACGCAGAGCCCAACAAGGGCUACCUGAACCAGGGCCUUUAUGGCCGGAGCGGCGGAGGCUAUGCCGCAGGCCCCGGGGGCUACUCUGGCAGUUACCCACCCAAUCCGAGUGGCUCCAGAGGUUCUGCUGACUUCACCCAGGCAGCCGCGGCUGCUGUUGCUGCUGCCGCUGCCACGGCAACUGCGACAGCCACGGCGACAGUUGCCGCCAUCCAAGAGAAACAGAACCAGGAAAUGAACUAUGGACAGAUGGGGGGUCCAGCCUACAGUAACCAGUUCAUGGGCUCCCGUGGAGGUCCUGUCAUGGCAGCUGGAAGUAUGGGCACCGGCCCUGUACGUGGUCCUCCCUCCAUGAACCCAAUGUAUGGUCCUGGGGGGGGACCUCAGAGGGUGCCCCAGCAUCUGAACUAUGGCCCCGGAUCCCAGCAGGGAGGACUCAGACCCCCACAGGGUCUGAAGCGGCCUUACAACGCUGAGUCUUUCCCUGGGAUGUCUCAACAGUACGGCGUUCCAGUUGGCUCCGGCGUGAACAUGAUGUCGGGUCCGAGUGGUGCCACUGGGUCUAUGCCAGGUUCUGUUGGAGGAGGUCACGCCGGACCAGGGCCGUACACCGGAGCCAACAUGCAGUAUCACCCAGGUCCUGGGGGUCCUGGCCCUGCUGCCCAGCGCUCAGCAUCCUCGCCCUCCUACCAAGGUCAUAAGAUGCCUCUUCCACAGUACCCCCCAUCUGGACCUCCCAACUCCCAAUAUUACAAGCAGGAGCAGGGAGGCCUGGCCGCCGGGGGCUACAGCUCCUUCAGCCAGCAGUCAGGACCGGGUCGAGGCCUGCCGGGUUACCCCAGCUCUCCGGUACCAGGGAACCCAACUCCACCUAUUACGCCGGGCAGCUCCAUGGCGCCGCCCUAUAUGUCGCCCGGAAGCAGCGACAUCAAGCCGCCGCCCUCGUCCUUCUUGCCUGACAUCAAACCCAGCAUGGCAGGGCUGGCUCCACCCGCCUCCACGGGUAACCCCAGUGAUGACCUCAGGCUGACCUUCCCGGUGCGUGACGGCGUUGUCCUCGAGCCCUUCAGGUUAGAGCACAACCUGGCGGUCAGCAACCACGUGUUCCAGCUGAGGGAGUCGGUCUACAAGACGCUGGUGAUGAGGCCCGACCUGGAGCUCCAGUUCAAGUGUUACCACCACGAGGACCGGCAGAUGAACACAAACUGGCCUGCCUCGGUCCAGGUGAGCGUGAACGCUACGCCACUCAACAUCGAGCGUGGCGACAAUAAGACGUCCCACAAGCCGCUGUACCUGAAGCAGGUGUGCCAGCCAGGCCGGAACACCAUCCAGAUCACCGUCACUGCCUGCUGCUGCUCGCACCUGUUUGUCCUGCAGCUGGUGCAUCGCCCGUCCGUGCGCUCGGUGCUGCAGGGCCUGAUGAAGAAGCGACUGCUGCCGGCCGAGCACUGCGUCAACAAGAUCAAGAGGAACUUCAGCAGCGGCACUGUGCCCGGGACGCCCGGCAUGAAUGGGGAGGACGGCGUGGAGCAGACGGCCAUCAGGGUCUCCUUGAAGUGUCCCAUCACAUUCCGGCGCAUCCAGCUGCCGGCGCGAGGCCACGACUGCAGGCACAUUCAGUGUUUUGAUCUGGAGUCUUACCUGCAGCUCAACUGUGAGCGAGGAACGUGGAGGUGUCCCGUGUGCAAUAAAACAGCUCUGCUGGAGGGCCUGGAAGUGGACCAGUACAUGCUCGGGAUCCUCAUCUAUGUUCAAAACUCCGAGUACGAGGAGAUAACCAUCGACCCCGUCUGCCGAUGGAAGCCAGUGCCGGUGAAGCCUGACAUCCACAUCAAGGAGGAGUCGGAUGGGCCGGUCCUUAAGCGCUGCCGGACCCUGAGCCCCAGUCACAUGGUUUUGCCCAAUGUCAUGGAAAUGAUUGCCUCUCUGGGACCCGCACCCUCCGCCUCGGGCUCCACCCCCAUGCUGUUUCCCGCUCUGUCUUCAGGGGGCGGCACCGCAGCGGACUUCCCCGGAGCUUCGUCAUUCCCCACUCAAACCGCUGGCUUCUCAGACUUCGGACCUGGACCGGGGACCCCCGGGGGGGAUUUCUCCUCCCCUGGUCCCCCACCUCUUUCUUACCAGUCGGAGCUGUCCAGUGCCCUCCUCUCCCCCGACAAACCCCCCCCUCACCCACUGGGCACUCAGAUGCCGGCCCGUCUGGACACCAACUCCCAUGGUGCCUCUGUGCCCCAGCAGCAGGGCUCCCAUGGCAACCCCCAGCUGGGAGUGGGAGGCAGCCAGCUGAUGCAGCGUAGCAAUCAGAACUCGCGUCUCCAUGGUGAAGGCUCCUCCUUUGGGCUCGGGGGGACCACUGAUGUUCCAGAACCUUCUCUGGACCUGCUUCCCGAGCUCACCAACCCAGACGAGCUGCUGUCGUACCUCGGACCCCCGGAUCUGCCCAGCAACAACAACGACGAUCUGCUGUCUCUCUUUGAGAACAACUGAGCGGCGCACCGGGAGGCUGUCCCCUCUGACGUGCCGUCAGUCAUGUGACCAGACUCUGCCUCCACACUGCUCUCGCUCGUUCGAUUCAGACAAGUUUGUUUUUGUCGUCAUCGUUGUUGUCAUUUGUUAGUGAAAGCAGAAAGUUUGUGCCCCGAGUUAGUUUGUGGGCAAGCUUUACUGCCCGGAGACUCCUGCGCCCCCCGGAGACACCCCUCAACCCCCCUCCACACACACACACACACACACCAUGGUGAUGGCUGGUUGUUGUGUAUGAUGUUGGUCUCAUGAACACUGGACACAUGUACGAGACCUGAGCGAGGAGUCAUGUGACCGCCGGCCGACUCAAAGUGCAGCCGGCUUGUGUGGGUCCGAUUCCCGGUGCAGCGGGGCCCCUGUGACGUUGAUGAACUCUGGACGUGUCUCUGUGGAUGUUUGGUCGUCAUGUGAUGAAGGCUUUAAUAAAGUCCUGCUGUUUUA